UUCGAAUAGUUUCAAAUUAGUUUUCACUUCUUAUGUUAAUCUGCUCCAAAUUUAAAAUGUACUCGAAAAUUGUAAUACUGUUUUUUUGCGUAACGUUAUACUUUUUGCAAUGUCAGGGUGUUCGCCUAACUAAACAACGUCAGAGAACUAUUAAAAACAUAGUCAAUAGUUAUGCCAAACCAGAAGGCAUAGUCGUUGAAGCAAAUAGAGAACCGACCAUAAACUUAAAUGGUGUCAAAGAUGUGAUUGAACAAGUAGCACAGCGACUCAGCAUACAGAUAGAACCUCCUAGAAUUGAAGAACUGGAAACUAUAGGAUCAAGUUAUAGGUACACAUCAUGGGAAGUUGAUAGACACGUUUGUAAAUACUUAGGUUAUGAUGGUGUUGUACCUUCGCAUAUGAGGAUGACGGUAAGUUUUCUGUACGGAUCGUUCGACCGGCCAGAUGGCAUAUGCUUUCAUCAAUUAGAAGACAUACUUAGACGUUUACGAGAGGGUUAUGAUAAUACGAUUGCCGAAUAUGUAUUUGGUGAUGAACCGAAAACUGCAAUACCGUACAAAACGGCAAGAGCAGAGUACAAGUUUACAAAGAAAGAAGUUAUAUUCAUGGUUGUAAAUUUUUUCUUUCCCGGAGUAUAUUGAUUUAUUUAUUAUUUUUUAAUUAUAUAUGUACUUUGUCACAUAGAAAUGUAGUUUUGAUGAAAUAAUAAAUCAUUGUGCUAUUAUA